AUGUAUGACACAAGUUCAACUCCAGCUUUACUUACCGAUUCGUCCAUAACUGCAAUUACAACAGUAUUUAACCCUUCUACAAAUAAUAAGAUUCCAUCAAUAAAACGUCCUAUUCCAAAACCAACUGUAGAAAUCCUUCGGAGAUUAUUAGUUCACUCCGAUGGUCGCGAUAAAUCUUUAAAAGUUACUCAGUAUUUUGGAAAAAUUAUUCUUUGGCUUCAUAUUAAUAAAAAUAAGACCAAAUAUCCUAAACUUUAUUCUCGUUUAAAUGUCAUGACAUCUCAAUUUUCUAAUACUCGUAAAAUAAUCCGAUUAGCACAUUUUCUUGAACCAUACGCAGAUUUUAAAGAAUACGUAGCAGGCAAACGUAAUUUACCACGCACCGCAAUUCCUUAUGAACAUGUUGUUCAUACCUUGGGAUUUAUUAAUUCGAUUGUUAGUUUAUUGAAUGAUAUUUUUGAUGAUUUAUAUUGUCUUGGUAAAAUUGGAAUUUUAAGUAAGUCGGUAGCUAAAAGAUCCGAACCGAUUGCUAUUAAAUUAUGUUUAGUUAAAUUUAUUAUGGAUUUUUGUUUCUGUGGAUAUGAUUUAUUUGGUUGUAAAUUUUCUGAUGGUGUACAGGCCGUAUCAGGCUUUAUAGCAGGAAUUUUAAGUUUUCAUAAACUCUGGGUAAAAGAAAAUAGUUAUAACAAUUAG